UGACCCCGCGGCCCGGCCGCCAUCUUGUUCUGGGUUCCCCGCACACUGAGGAGGUGGCGGAGGCAGCGUGACGUGUCGUGACGUAACGAGAAGUAUCGCGACCCGGGCGACAGCUGCAGAGAGACGCACGGAGGGUGGGCGCCGGAGAGGGGCCCCUGUGGCAGCGCGGAGACCGCCGGAAGCGCUGGGGCCUCGGCAGCGACAGAGACGCCUCGGACGGACGCGCAGGGCCUCACGGAGCCGCACAGGCCUCGUACUGAGAGUCGCACCGACCCGCACCGGCCCCGCACCCACACGCACCCACACAGCGCUACUUACCCACACGCCUCAGCCACCCGUACGGGCCGCCCACACGGACUCCCGCAGCGGCCAAUGAGAGGCCGAGCUUUCCCCUUGCGCUGAUAGGCCUGAGGCGGCCACACACCCUUCUGCCUCUGGGGCCCCCACACACCUACCUGCCUCCUACCCAGGGGCCCCCACACACCUACCUGCCUCCUACCCAGGGGCCCCCACACCCCUAUCUGCCUCCUACCCAGGGGCCCCACACCCCUAUCUGCCUCCUACCCAGGGGCCCCACACAUACAACUCCCUACCCAGGGGCCCCACACAUACAACUCCCUACCCAGGGGCCCCACACAUACAACUCCCUACCCAGGGGCCCCACAGAUACAACUCCCUACCCAGGGGCCCCACACAUACAACUCCCUACCCAGGGGCCCCACACAUACAACUCCCUACCCAGGGGCCCCACACAUACAACUCCCUACCCAGGGGCCCCACACAUAAAACUCCCUACCCAGGGGCCCCACACAUACAACUCCCUACCCAGGGGCCCCUCAGAAACCCAUAACUCCCUGUGUCCUUACCCAGCAGCCCCUCAGAAACCCAUAACUCCCUGUAUGGUUACCCAGGGGCCUUACAUAAAGAUCUGACUCCCUGUACCCUUACCCAGUGGCCCCUUAGGAACCUAUAACUCCUUGUAGCCAUCCCCAGGGGCCCCAUAUACAGAUAUCUGCCAGUAUCCAUAGUUGGGGGCCCAUAUAGGGGCAAUAUCCCUAGAGACCCCCCAGCCUUACAGAGGGGACACAAGGCCUUACAGAGGGGCAGUGCUGGUAAUUACUGCCCCGCCGGGUGUAUACAGGGGCAGAUACUGGCACAUUAGAAUGGCAGGCCAGUGAGCGGGGCACAUAUAUGUAGUAUACAUGUUUGCACACAGGCUUGACAGGCCACUGUAUAUCCAAGAGAGAUUGUGGGGCAGCUAUUGGCCACCCUCUGAGGGCCCCGUAUAUGGAACCCGGGGAGCGGCGCAUUAAGUAGGGAAACCACAGAGGCCUGACCCCCCCCCCCCCAUAUAUAUAUAUAUAAGGUAUAUAGAGAGGGCUAUAGUCGCGCCAGGCUGGUACCCAGGGGCAUCUGCUGAGAAACACGCACAUGUUUACAGGACUGGUACUGUCAGUAUAUGCACAUACGGACCGGGCUGAUACACACUGGGACACGCAUGGCACCCAGGAGAUUGCAGGGUUAAUUACAUGUAGUAUGAGGUGUGAGUAGCAAGCAACAGGAGGGCCGCGUGUAACCCCCCCCCCCAGACUAGCGGCCGGCACGGGGCCCAGCUUGUUCCUCUGAAGCCAAGGGAUAUUGUGUGAAACUUGCACAGAACUUACUGGGAUUGGACCCCCAGGGGCAAUAAGAUCCUUGUACUGAAGGGCCAACGGCGGCCCCCCUGCAGCUCCUCCCAACCUGCUCAUCGCUGCUAGACCGGACAACAUUGAGCUCUUAAAGUGACGGCAAGGGACGUUGCGCCAGCGGCACUAUAGAAAGGUACCUGAAGACUGAAUCAUUAUGGCUGCAGAAACCCUAAACUUUGGGCCUGAAUGGCUCAGAGCACUAUCCAGUGGGGGCUCCGUGGCCUCCCCACCUCCCUCCCCCGCUAUGCCAAAGUAUAAACUCGCUGAAUAUCGCUACGGACGAGAGGAGAUGUUAGCACUUUAUAUCAAGGAGAAUAAGGUUCCAGAGGAAAUGCAGGACAAGGAAUUUGCUGUGAUUCUCAAUGAGGAGCCCCUGCAGCCUCUGGCUCUCCUUCCACUCACCGAGGAGGAGCAGAGAAACUUCUCCUUGUCAGUGAACAGUGUUCCAGUACUUAGAUUAAUGGGCAAAGGGGCAGCGCCGCCAACCAGUGGGGCAGCAAGAGGCAGGGGCACUGCCCGCGGAAGAGGGCGAGGCCGCGGGGAUUCCGCUCUGUACCCACGAACGCUCGACGACCAGGACCCCGGAUUUAGCCGGGGCGGCCGAGAGAUUCACCGGAGCCAAAGUUGGGACGACAGGGGGGAGCGGAGGUUUGAGAAGCCAAUUCGGCGAGAGGCUGUCCGCGUUGGGUUCGAAGAGCCCGCGGCCCCCUCUCGGAAGGAGUUUGCCCGGUCAGACAGUGACAACUGGCGCACUCUGAGAGAAGGGCAAGAGGAAGACGAGGAUGGCAACUGGAGGCUGGCCGUGACCAGGAGGGACGAGAGGUGGAGAUCGACCAGUCCCGGUGCCAACAGCGGAGAGAGUCCGCGCUCUGCCGGUUGGAGGGAUCACGGGGAACGGCGACGAAAGUUCGAUUUCGAAAUGGUGCGCGAGGAAAGUGGCUCUGCACCCCGUUCCGGUGGGCGCUCAGGGGACGGGCAUGAUGACGAGAGGGACGGCCUCCCCGAGUGGUGCAUGGAAGACGAAGACGACGAGAUGGGAACUUUUGAUUCCUCUGGGGCUUUCUUGUCCUUUAAGAAGAGCCCUAAAGAGACCAUCUUAGAGGAGCAAGAGUUGGAGUUCCAGGGAGUGGAGGAAGAAGAGAGUAAGGAGGAGGGAGCUGAAAGGCUUGAAGAUGAAGAUUCCUCUGUUCCCCAUGAAGAUGCAGUCCCGGACGUUGUUCCCACCCCUUCUGAGCCCCCCAAUCUAAUAUGGGGCGGGGCUCUGUAUGCCGAUGAGGAAGGAGAUAGAUGCCCUGAAGUGCCCCCUGCUGAUGGAGAAGAGGCGGUGCAGGGAGAGAAGCAGCAGGGACCAGGAGAGGAAGGUGACCCUGGAACCUUCAUACCCCCGUCCCUGUCCCCUCUCGCCACCCUCCCUCCUCCCUCCUCGUCCCCCCCAGUUGCUGCUACUGAAUUCUCUGUGGGGGAUCCAGAGGAGGAUGAAGGAAUGAAGCAUCUCCAGCAGGAGGCGGAGAAACUGGUGGCUUCCCUACAAGACUCCUCCCUAGAGGAAGAUGGCUUCUCCUCGGCUCGCUCUCACAGUGCUGCUGCCCUCCCGCUGUCCCACGAAGCUGCAAUGAAAUGGUUCUACAAGGAUCCCCAGGGGGAGAUACAGGGUCCAUUCACCACGCAGGAGAUGGCAGAGUGGUGCCAGGCUGGUUACUUCACCAUGUCCCUGUUGGUGAAACGAGGCUGUGAUGAGGGGUUUCAGCCCCUCGGGGAAGUCAUCAAGAUGUGGGGGCGCGUUCCCUUCGCACCGGGACCCUCCCCUCCGCCCCUGCUGAGUAAUAUCGAUCAGCAGUGUUUGAAGAAGCAGCAGGAAUUAGCUCUGUACCAGCAGCUGCAGCACCAGUACCUGCUCCAACUCAUUAACAGGCAGCAGUACCCCCAAAAGUCUGGAGAUCUGACUCCUCAGCAGCAGCAGCAAUUGGCGCUUUUCCUGCAGCAGCUGAACCCCUCAAAAUCCAGAACAUCCGAGGCUGCUCUCCUCCCCUCUAUGAAUAGAUCUCUCUCUGUGCCAGACACUGGAUCCCUGUGGGAUCUCCAUACCUCAGCUACGCAGACUUCAGGUGGGGACCCUGCACUGUGGGACCUCCCUGCUACAGCUGCAUCUCAGGGGCCAACAUUGGAACAGCAGCUGCAACUGCAUCAGAAGCUGCAGGAGCGCCGAGAUGCAGAACUCAGGGCCAAGAGGGAGGAGGAGGAGAGAAAGAGGAGAGAGGAGAAGAGGCGACAGGAAGAGCAGAAGCGGCGGGAGGAAGAGGAAAUCUACAGGCGGAAGCAGCAGUGCCGCCAGCAGCAAGAACUGCUCCUGAAACUUCUCCAGCAGAGCGGCCAACCCUCACCCCCGGCUGUAUGGGGGUCCCACGGGAAGGGGCUCUCUCUCAAAGCCAUGCUGGAGAUGCAAGAGAGGGAGGGGCAGCUUCUCAAGCAGAGAGGGCAGCCGUCAAGGCAAGGGCAUGGGGGUCUGGGAUUGACUAAUGCUUCUGUCCUGCCCUCCCAGUGGGGGGCCGACUCCGGCUCACUUUGGGGUGGGCCCGACAAGAGCCUUUGGGACGAUGGUGUCAAAUCUGGAGCUGGUUCCAGGGGGCUACGCAACAGCAGGAGCAGCCCGUCCCUCACGGAUACGUACGCCGCCUCCGCUCGCCGUAAGAAAACAGAAGAGGAAGAGAAGCUCCUGAAACUCCUGCAGGGAUUCAAACCGUCUGAUGGUUUCACUCAGUGGUGUGAGCAGAUGUUGCACAUCCUCAACACAUCCAACAACCUGGACGUCCCUACGUUGGUGGCCAUUCUGAAGGAGCUGGAGUCGCCCUACGAUGUUCACGAUUAUAUUCGAUCCUGUCUGGGAGAGACUCUCGAAGCCAAAGAAUUCGCUAAACAAUUCCUCGAACGGAGAGCAAAGUACAAAGCCAGCCAGAGGCAACAGGUUCAGGAAUCUGCCUGGCUGACCCCCUCCAUGUUCCCGUCGUCCCAGAAUUCCAAGCCAAGCGCGUACGAUACACAAAGCAACAAAAUGAAGCGGAGGAUCCAUAUGUUACACUCAGACCCCAGCAUUUUGGGUUACUCCCUCCAUGGCUCCCCCAAUGAAAUGGAAGCCAUCGAUGACUACUGAGGAGACGUCGAUUUCCCUGACGCCAUUUUUAAUUUCAAUUGCCGCCCACCAGCGGCGCUUAAUGCACUGCAACUCUUCCCCUCCCUCUGCAAGAGGCGUAGGGGCUGAUAGACUGGGAGAGAAAAGGGGGUACUCGGUAUCUCAGCCAGAGCCAGGGAGGAGGGGGGCGGAGCUACAAACAAGGGGAAACCCCCCCCAGUCUCCUCCCCCCGCUCCCCAAAACACGAUGCACUCAUUUUAAAGCACCUUAAGAAAAUGCACUUUACAGAAACUGAUCAAAAAUUUUGAACUUAUUCCUUUUUCCUUUUUUGGGUUUUUUUUUUCGUUGAUAUUUUUGUUCAGUUUUUUUUGUUGUUUUUUUUAUAGAAAACUUUUGAAAACCAUCCGAAAAAGGAGGGAAAAACUGGAUCUCGCGACUUUUCGACUGUUUAUUAAUCGUUUGACGUUAUCGUUGCAUUUUUUUUUAUUUUAUGACUUUUUUUAACUUUUGACAGUUUCUGACUUUGUUUUUGUUUUUUUUGUAUCCAAAAGUGAAGUUUUUCGGGCAAAAAAAAAAAACUAUUAAAAGAAAAUUAUUUUGAAAAAAGAAAAAUGCAGCCAAAAAACACUUAUUUUUUUGUUAAGUCUUUUUUCCUCGAAAUCUAUUUUUGUUUAGAAAAAAGAAGAAAAAAAAAAAAAAAAGAAAUGGAAAAAAUCCUAAAAAGAAAAAAAAAAAAAACCAGCUUCGAUUUUUUUGCGCUUUUUGUUUUUUUAGCAAAGUGGAAGAAUUCUGCUUGGAGAACAAGCGGUUAAUCCAUCAAAACUUGAAAGAAUGCACUUAUUUAGCUAUCGGGGGGGGAAUAUCUGCAUUUUAAUGGUUCAUUUUUGCACAGAGAAAAAAACAUUUGUUUUUGGUAAAAAAAAGAAAAACUGCUAAAAAAAAAAACUGUCUCCCCGCCCCCCCAGCUUGGGAACCGCCCCUCUGAAGGACUGUUUCUUUCCGAGGCCCCUCCCCCUGAUCCUGUGAAGGAAGUGAAACCACAGCGGGAGCGACUACCCCGACAGCCUAUAGAGCGCCUCCUGCGCCCGGAGGGGGCGUGGCUACAAUUCUCCGGGGGGGAAAAAGGACUGAAUAUCGCUUUUUUUUUUUUAAAGGGACUGAUUGGUCGGUGCGGUACCUGCUCACUUUGCCCCGCCCCCGACUGUUGUUUUUUUUUUUGUUUGUGUUUUAAUCCUGCUUUUGUUUACAAAUGUCCCGAAGAGUGGACGCCAUUGCUAACAAUGGAACAGUGGGCGGGUCCUCCGCCCGAAGCUACAGACAGAACUUGCCCCCCAGAGGGCGGGGCAUCUGGAGAAAGCAUUUUUUAUUGGGCGUCCGGUGCAAUUUGCCUUAAUUUCGACGUGGAAACUCGACGCCGCCCGAAGCGCAAAGAUCCCCUUUACGGACAUAUUGGGAGCGGCCCACGCGGACGUGUCUGCCCCUCGUUAGCGACACUCGUCUGUCCCACCGGGAGCCGUGGGGCUCAGACCAACGUGAAAAUGUGACUGGCGACUCCCAGAGACCUCGCAGAACUGGAGUCCCAACCCGAGCAGUGUUUCUGGCCCAAUCGGCCACUGACUUGUUGCUAUUGCGAGACUCGCCCACCGGCGCUGGCCCCUCCCCCGAGGAUCCUGGCGGCCGCGUGUUGUGUAAAUAGGACUUGCAGCAAAGGAAACGCUAAUUUGCCGAAAUCCGGCAGUUUUAUGCCUAAAAACGAUGCUCAUUUCUUUGUUUUUUUUUGUUGUUGCCGUGGGUUUCAUGUGUAUCUUUGCCACACGAAUGUAUUAGGGCAGGAGCUGGCAUCCAGCAACGUUACUGCCACUGUUGCCCCGCGGGUGGGCGAGGUGUUGCCCUGUAGGGGGAAAUGUACAUAGUUGGGGGGCCCCCGGGUAUUGGGGCGCCCCUGCAAUCGCAGAGUGUAUAGAAAUGAGGGGAAUUUUCCUUUGUGUUCUGUGCUGAAUGUAACACGUUUGUACAUAGCCACACCCCCUCACUGUCCUGUGCGGGGCUGGGAAUAGCCACACCCCCUUGUAAAUAGCCACUCCCCCCCAAGCCACCUCCUAUUCCAGCCCUGUGUCCCAGUGUGGGUUUAUACCCCUAAAUAGCGCCCUGGGGCCGCCUGUGUGUGUAUAGGGCGGCCAUAUUGUGCUGUAUGGGGGGUAUGAAGUCACACGUGUGGGCGUGUCUGUGUGAUGUAAAUAAACCUGUUCAUGUGUUUGCACCCCUUUAUCUGCAUUCAAUUGUGGGGGUUCAGCAGCCCCUUUAUCAUUUUAUGUGACCCCCCAACAAUCUUAAAGUCUGAACCAAUCAGAAUUAGGUGAAGUGGAAAUAGUCACAGUCGACCAAUCAGAUCAGCUUACUGAUUGGUCUCUAGGCCCGGAGCCCCGCCCCCGAGUAACUCGAUUUAGAUUUCAGGGAGGGGUCGGUCCGACUGUUUAGUUCUGGUUUCAAUUGAUACAAAAUGUUGUGAAUCCCGGCCGUGUGCGUAUGGGGGGGGGUUGGUGUAUAUGGGGGUACACUCCCCCUCCCCCCCCUGUACGUACCGGCCCGUUCCAUUCUCUCUCAUGAUAUUUUGCCUUAUUUUUCAGUAUUAAAGGUUUGAAGUGAACUGAGCUGCACCGUGUGUUUGGCGCAAGCCCGGCCCCGCCCCCGACACGCCCAGCAGAGGCGGGCACUAGUGCAGCGCGGGGGCGGUCCCUUUUUGUUUCAAUGCUGCGGAUUUGGGGGGAGCUUUGCGUCUCACCUUUUGUUCCAUUUUGUUGUCGUUGUGUUUCCCAUAAUGAUAAAUACCUGUAUGCAAAGCAA